AUGUCGAUCUAUACCUGUAACACAUGUGGGCUGCAGUUUGCCACUGCUAAAGACCAGAGGGAUCAUAUGAAGACGGACUGGCACAGCUACAACUUGAAGAGAAGGGUUGCUGAACUGCCACCAAUCACUGAAGCUACGUUCAACUCCAAGGUCAAGGCAUUCGCCGAACAAAAAGAGCAACCUGAAAGCAAGAGACAGCUGACCAAAAAAGACUUGAGAAGAAAGGAAAAAGAGGCAUUGUUAGCUAAGAAAAAAGCUCUUUUAGACCAGGCCCGCGAAAGUAUUAUUUCAAACAUGCAGAAGGCUCAGGGAGAAGAUUCUAUGAAGGUUAGCACCCAAAACGAUGUUUUAGAUCAGGACAAACAGCAGCACGAACCGGUAGAUGAAAGGGAAUCAGAAAAAAACGUUGAGAGCGAGAUAAGUCAAGAAGAAAAAGAAGAAGAAGAACUUUCUCCCGAUCAAUUAGCGGAAAAACUGAUGCAGGAGAAGAUAGACAACAAGGUGGAUAUCCCUCUGAAUCACUGUUUAUUUUGCAACAAACGCAACGGUUUCCCAACUCUGGAUGACGCUUUGGAACACAUGUUCAAGUGCCAUGGAUUCUACAUACCAGAACAACAAUAUUUGGUCGACAAGGAGGGACUUAUCAAGUAUCUUUCAGAAAAGAUCGGUUUGGGAAAUAUGUGUUUGUGUUGUAACUUCCAAGGACGUUCUUUAGAGGCCGUUCGUGCUCACAUGCUGGCCAAAGCCCAUUGUCGAAUUCCCUACGAAACCGAGGAUGAAAUGCUAGAAAUUUCCGAGUUCUACGAUUUCUCCAGCACGUAUGCUGACCGAGCUCUAGACGCCGGUGAUGAAAAUGAUUGGGAGGAUGUUGGAAGCGAUGAAGAGGGUGCAGAAAUCGAGGAGGAGGAAGAGGUGCCUCGGGAAUUUAUUUACAACGAUGGCACGGAAUUGUAUUUGCCAACCGGCAUAAAAGUUGGCCACCGCUCGCUACAGCGAUACUACAGACAAAACCUCAAGCCUGAGUCGGUGCUUACGGAGGGUCAGGGUACAUUGAUUGCGGCGGAAACGAGACAUUUCGCAGCUGUCAUUGAUCCAAAGCAGGUAGCAACCCAGAAGAGAGUUUGGCAGACACAGGUAAAGGACAUGAAGACUCACGACAAGAGAGCAGCCAAGUUCGUCAAUAACCAACCUCAUUACAGGGACCAGCUUUUGCAGUAA